AUUUGACAACAACAUGCUGCGCGAAAGGGAAAUGGAACUGGCGCUGCAGCAGAUUGUGUACGAGGAGCAGUCCAAGAUGAAAGCGUUGGGGUUUGCCGAGGCGUACAUUGGGUCGAACGACGCCAAAUGUAGUAUUUUCCUGUCGUCGCAAUGGGAGCGCGUGUCCCGCCUCCUCCUCAUCAUUGUGAGCGGGAAUGGAAUUCAGCCUGGAAUCUGGAGUCGAUCUUUGGUCAUGGAGCCUCAAGACCCUUCCCGCCAGUACUACCGCUCUGGUUCCAUGUUGCCGUACCUCCAUCAAGCGUUGACGUUGGGCUAUGGAGUGAUCGUGACAAACCCCAGCACGAACAUGGUGAUCACCAACCGUGGAGACAAAAUACCCAUCCCCUAUUCCGGCACCCCCGAAGAUCACGUUCGAUAUGUUUGGGAAGCAUUUGCAAUGCAAGCCCGAUGCCAUCAAGUGUACAUUGCCGCGUACGGUCGUGGAGGUGCCUUAGCCAAGCAUCUCCUUCUCACGCAGCCCGUUCUGCGGCAGAAAUUGGCGGCGAUCGCGUUCAUCGAGUCCAGCCAUCGUGUGGGAGCUGAUGACCCCGAGGAUGUACGAACGAUCAUCAGCACCCGCGCUAUCAACUGGCAACGCUCCACCGAAGACGCCGGCCGACAGCUUCCGGACUGUACCCAACUGGGGUGCUUGAGUUUAUCUGCCGGAGAACCCCAAGCCCCAUCUCGUUCAUCUGGGGAACAACGCAGCACCAACACCGCGUGGACGAUCGCCGCGAGCAUGGAAACUGUGUUUGCCUUCUUUGAUAGUGCUCGGGGGUACGAUUUGGCCGACGAACAAAAGGUUAUGGAGAAAAUGUACGGAUCUCAGGCGCCGUACACGCAGCCACCGCCGCUGCACCCGCAGCCCCCCGCGCAGGGCCAGCACGAGGAAGGCGACAUGGUCAUUGAGCAAGUUGUCGACACUACCUCUCGGUUGACAAGUCGCAGCAUGGUGAUUUCCACGUCUAUGAGCGUGGGGGACUUCGAUCUGCUCAGCGUCGUGGGCAAAGGCGCGUACGGCAAAGUAUUUCUCGCGCGAAAGAAGGCGGGCCGCAACGGCGGCCGCGUGUACGCGAUGAAAGUCCUGCGCAAAGAAGAUGUGUUUCGGAAGAAGCAGGUGGAGCACACCAUGUCUGAGCAGCGGAUCCUCAAGCAUGUGGAGCACCCGUUUGUGGUGCAUCUGCGAUAUGCAUUCCAAUCCGACUAUAAACUGUACUUGGUCAUGGACUACUACCACGGCGGGUCGUUAUUUGUGCACUUGAAACAGCUCAAGCACUUCCCCGAGGCGCGCGCCCGCUUUUACGCGGCUGAGCUGGCGCUGGCCAUGUCCCAUCUGCACAGUUUGCACAUCAUGUACCGCGAUUUAAAGCUGGAAAAUAUCCUCAUGGACGCCGACGGACACGUGGCGAUCACGGACUUUGGCUUGAGCAAGGAGGACGACGAAGCGUCGACGUUUGUGGGCACCCCCGAGUAUUUGGCCCCGGAACUGCUCAGUUCACAGCGCACGGCCACGAGCUACGGCAAGUCGGUCGACUGGUGGAGUUAUGGGGUACUGGUGUAUGAAAUGAUUCGUGGCCAAACUCCGUUUUACGACAAGAACCGCCGGGCGAUGUUUCAAAACAUUUUGACCAAUGAACCGCCGUUCCCAUCCACGUUGUUUUCGCCCACGGCCACCUCCUUUUUGCAAGCCCUCCUGGUCAAGAACCCCGCGCAGCGACUCGGGUGCGGCCCCAACGGCCCCCACGACAUCAUGCAGCACCCGUGGUUCGCCGGCAUCGACUGGCAGGCGCUGCUCGACCGCCGCGUGGAAGCGCCAUUCCGACCCAAUAUCAAGCACGGCCACGAUAUAUUCAACUACGUCCCGGCCUCGUUUCUGCAGCAAGAGGUGGCCGAUUCGCCCGUCGUGACGUCUUCCGUGUUGAGUGGCUCAAUGCCUGGGCGCCACACGAUGCAUUUUGAUAACUUUAGCUACAUGGGCAGCGACAUCAUGGGCUCCCGGCGCACGUCUCUCUUUCGAGAAAGUGACUUUCGAAUGGAAGACGAAGACUCGUAACCGUUGGCCGCAAUUGUGGUGCAUGGCAAAACUGACAUUGGCAAAUACCAGGCUGUAGUUCCUUUCCGAAACAUGUUGAUAUAUAUACGUUUCCUGUCCGUCUUGA